AUGUUGAACGUCGCGAUCGCGGGCUCGGAUGGUUUCACGCCUGGCUCGGGGGCGCCGGGACGCGUAUUCGCGACGAAUAGACCGGAGUGGACGCCAUCGGUGCAGUGUUAUCAUCCAUCGGAGUUUCCAAGAAAUUCACUGGCGAUCGAAUGCGGGUGUUACAGUCAGUUGAUCGUACCCGUGAACGCGAAACCGCAAUCCACGACGCCGUUUGCGUUGCUUGAAAUCACAUUCCUGCAUGUGUUGGACAACAUGGGUUCGGUUUACUCGCACGUCGUUCGCGAAAUGACCAACGCGGGAUUACACACUCCAAUAUCCGAAACGUUAGCGCCGCCGCCGGUGCUGAUGGAUAAAAUUGCCGGAGAAGUUGCACGGUUGAAGGUAGCGGAGACGCAAAAGGGCUUGCAGAUGAUAUGCUCCCGUCUUGAAAUUCCGUUUGCGCAAAUUUGGAUCCCUCACGACGUGGAUGGCACUCUAAUUUGCGUGGGGACACCUUAUUAUCAGAAGUCGAAUCAUUUUCUUCACUAUAGGAACGCAUCUAUGAAUCUCGCAAUAUCUCAGCACACCGGCUCCUUGUCCAAGGUUUGGAAAAACGGUUCCAUGGUGUGGAUGCAUGAUCUGAGCACGCUAUCUCAUCGCGACUUUCUUUUGAAGCAUUCAUGUGAUUUACUCAAGUUGCAAGCGAUGUGUAUUUCGAAGAUUGCGUUGAAAGGUGUGACAUCAGGUCAACCACUUCAGGUGCUGGUAGAGAUCUUCCUCGAUCCCAGCCUCAAGUCUCCGCGCGAUCAGGCAAAGACAGUGCAGUCGUUUUGGUCCUCGGUUGAGGCGGAUUUGAACGCUAGUGUGGUGACGGAUACCGACAAAACAUGGCUCGAAGAGAUGAAAAAGAACCAGACAGCUUCUUCAAGCGGGGCAAAUCCGGAUGCCGCCGGAACAGCAUUGUGGGGUAUCACCCUUGAGGUUUUGCAGCAAAACUUUCACAAGCAUUUGAAACAAGCGGCGAGCGACCUCGGCGUCGGGAGCACAACGCUGAAACGAAUAUGCCGACAAUACGGUAUCCGUCGUUGGCCGCGAAGAAGUCUUAAUAGCAAAAAUGGUCAUAUGUCUGAUAUAUUGGCAAAGAGUAUCGCCACUGGCGCGACUAUGAGCGACGACGGCGCUGGGGAGUCUGUCCACGGAGGCGCUAGUUGCGUGUCGCACACUUCAGAAAUCGGCGCAUCAGGUACACUACCCUCACAAAGCAUAAAGUCUCACUCACUCAGAGAUAUCGCCACGUUUUCGCCGACAACAUCGGAGAAAAAUAAGAGAGCUCUCGAGCAACGCGUUCACCGAGGUGGCAAUCUCGGCGCUUUUUGGCAAGGCGAAGGGGUGUCAAAAAUGCAGCGCGGCAUGAGCUGGCAUGGGAACAAUCAGGCGAGAGAUGCGCUUGAUUUUGACUUCCCAAAUCGCUACGAGCAAAGCGUUCAUGGUGUGUAUAACUUUAAUAUGCCGCCACCACCGAUGGACCAAAGUGUUCGAGGGGCGAGCACGUACAACGCCCUCUCCCUGGACGCGUCCGAAGAAAUGGCGAGUUUUAUCGAUAAAUUGGUUAAAGAACCUGAGAAAGAACCGGUGGUUGUUAAGGUACAAGUGCGUGAUGUGCUCAUACGAGUUCGAUUGGUGACAAAUGAGAGAUAUGUUGAACUCGUCGAUGCGCUGACUGAUUUGCUCGAUCUACAAAUGUCUUCGUGCAAGCUCAAAUAUCAAGACGACGAGCAAGACUGGUGCUUGUUGCGUAAUCAAGAAGAUUUCGAUGAGUGCUGGGCUUUCUGUACGCGACGUGGUUCGUCGUGCACGAUGCGUGUAAAAUUGACGAUCGAAGAAGGAGUUGAGACAAAAUCUCUAUUCAAGCCGCAGCGCGCGCGAGCUGAAGUGCCGGACGCACAGGCGAAACCAAUAUCCGUAAAAGCAAGUGUUGGCGAAGACGUGCUACGAUUCAAGUUAACGACAGAGAUGUCGUGCGAUGACAUCGUAGCCAAGCUCAAUCUCGCAGAAAAUUCCUCUCAAAGUGUCACUUUGUGCUAUCAAGACGAGGACGAGGACUGGAUUCGACUCGGCGGUGACUAUGACUUAGCUGAGCUUCGGCACGUCGGCAGCGCCACGGGAGCGCUUAAACUGCAAGCAAACUAUUAG